UGUCCCAAGGUGGACGUUCCAUCAGGGGCAAAUGUUCGUGUUUAUACAUUUUUUCCCAGUCUUACUUUAAUAUUGACACAUUAUUUACUCCAAACUGAGUUACAAACCCGAUAUUCUUGUUUAUAUUUAGGAUAAUACGUGUUUUGUACUCGAAACUAACAAGCUGAUCAACGUCUAAUGCACAGGUAUCAUAGUGCGAGCUUGUAAGUAAAGAGAUUUGGAAAACCAUUGAUCAUCGCUGCGUCGGAUGUCAGGGAGAUUCUCUCCCGUUAUACUGAAAGCAUGCCGCGUGUUAUAGAAAUCGUAAAGAUAGAACAUCCCGUUCCGUCAGGGAAUGUCGAGGAGGCUGUUGAACUUUUGUUUGGCGACUCACAAAACGAAAAUGCCAUACAGGCUGCAGAUGCUCAGGAGGAGAAUGAGCUACUCAAUGGACAGUCUGCAUCACACGAAGCAGAUCAUAUAAUUGAAAUUAUAACAGACUACGAAUGUGUGACCUGUCGUCGUAUAUUCAAAUCGGAAGAUUUGCUAAAGGACCAUUUGGAUGUAUGUCGAGACGAGGAUGACCGUUCAGAUGCUUUAGAAAUCGGGCAAAUAACUGGCUAUGAUUCAGACGACGAAGAGUACGUCGAAGAACCAGACGACGUUGGCACAAAUUCAGACGGUGGCAAUACACUGAGAAACAACAAUCUUGCUGCUGCGAUAAAACCUGUGUCCGUCGAUAAGUGCCAUUGUUGUGGAGAGGAUUCGUUAACGGCACAUACAGACGGAUGUUUGAAAUGCGAUCACUGUGAAUUUUCUUUCAAAAAACUUUCUGCUCUGGAAAGGCACAUGGUCGUGGUUCAUUGGAUCCAGCAAAAUUUCACUUGCAAAGUGUGCGACGUUGCAUUCGCCAAUAAGAAAAGUCUAACCAAGCAUCAUUACACUGUUCAUGCUAAACACCAAGUCUUUAAGUGUGAACGCUGUGACAAAUAUUUUUCAAGGAAAUAUCAUUUGGAUAGACAUGUUAUGCAAACUGGAUGCGACGGCGUAUCUCGCGCUGGAUUUGCUUGUCAAGUUUGUCACAAGGAAUUCACACGCAAGGACAACUUACGAGAACACUUGCGUAUGCAUGCAGGAGCGCCACAGAGACAGAAAAGACAGGCAUGUGCACAUUGUCCAAAGAAAUUUUACACCAAUCAACAAUUAGUUAUUCAUGAGCGUACGCAUACCGGAGAACGCCCCGUUGCAUGCGAUCUGUGUCAAAAGAGUUUCCAGUCACUUCCAGCCAUGAAAAAACAUCGACGUGUUCACACGGGCGAGAAACCAUUUCAGUGCAAAUUCUGUGAAAAAAGAUUUGCGGCACGUGAAACUUUGAAUCGCCAUCAUCGUACACACACGGGAGAUAAACCACAUGUAUGUCAGUAUUGUGGUAAAACAUUCAUACAAGCAGUUCAGCUGCGAGCGCAUGUAUUUCAUCACACAGGCGAACAUGCAUUUUACUGUGACAUUUGCGGCAAGGCCUUUAAUCGUAAAACCAGGCUAACAGUACACAUGAGAUUCGUUCAUCAAGGAGCUGCACCAUUUGAGUGUGACUUGUGCAAAAAGUCUUUCAUUCGCAAAGAGGACCUUUCAAGACAUUACGUUCUUCAUACUGGAGUUAAACCACACAAAUGUGACAAAUGUUCGAAAAGAUUUGCAGUCAAGUCGGCGUUACGUGUUCAUAUGAAUACGCAUAGACGUGAGAUGCCACAGUCUUGCGACGAAUGCGGACGUGCAUUCAUUAGACAAGAUUGCCUGAUGCGGCACAUGCGGACGAAACAUCGAGAUAUGCUGGAAGAUGCUAUGGCGGAAGCUGAGAAGCGUCGCUUGCAGGAACAGUUAUGUAAAAUUGCUUCUAGCGCAGCUGCAAAGACAAAAAGUGUUGGAUCAAAUGUCACUCUAUCUCAAGAUAAAUUACUCAAAGCUAUCGUUGAUCUACUCUCGUUGCUUGUUGAAGAAGAAACAUUACAGGCAUUCGGUUGGCCCAAAGCACCAAUUCAAGAUGUCCUGGAGGCCGUAAUUAAGCGUUGUGGUCAUCAACCCAUUCCAUCGGACAGUGAUUUACUAUUUGCUCAGCGCUUAAGAGAGAAUGUAAAGAUAUUAUUCACAGUUGUGAUCGAGGAUGAAACUGUUAAAUCAUUAUUGACAUCACAAACUGUUGACGAGGUAAUAUUACACGUUUUAAAGUUAUCCAAAGAAAAAUAGGUAAUACGAUGGUUCAAAAAAUACUGAUCAGAAGUCAUAAAUUGCUUGAAUAUUUCAGUACUUUCAUACUUAACUGUUUUUUGUGAUUGUUGAUUCACAAGUUUAGUUACGUGCGAUCGUUACAGAACAAAAAUUUUCAACGAAUAAAUUUCUCUACCAUUUCGAACCAAGGUGCACUUUUUAGUACGCUAUGGACAUCUGUGUAAAAAAUAAGUAUGAUAAUCGUGGCAACUUUGGAUAUAUAGUGAUUUUUAUUAUCGUUGUAAGCUAUGCAAAGUUGAAAACGAUAAAUGAUAAUUGUUUCCUAAAAAUAUUAACAAGGUUCUGCUAAUAAUUAUCAAUUUCUGAGGUUUGCAUCCCCCCACAAAUUAUAAGUUGGCAUAGUAAGCAACUCUUUAAUUCUUUAGUAUAUUGUUAGUUACUCUGUACAUUGCGUAAAGUAAAAAUCUUUACAAUUGUUUUAGAAUAUGAAAACUUCAUAUUCUGUAAUGCCGUAGGUAUUAAAUUUGUCUAUGUUAUUGAACAAAUUAUGAAAUUUACAAUAAACUCAUAAAUAGGCAUGUCAGGUUAUCCAAAAGCCACACAAAUACUCUAAUAGAACGAUUAUAGAAUUUCAUUACUUGAAGGCUUGAACGUUAUUGUAAGUAACAAUAACAAGGCUAAUUGUAACCGGCGAAAAUGCGUGUGGAAUUAAAUAAUACGGCAGUGGGAGCAUUGAUGUUAAGCAAAGCUAAUUCUUCCUUCUCAUUUCAUACUGAAUCAACAUUGAAGAUUAAACAUUUCGAAAUCACUGUUAUCUGUUCUUAAUACGUUAUUGGUCAUUGGGAUUUUUUGACCAAAUUAAUUAUCGAAAAACAUAAAUUCAGUUAUUAGGUGCUUUCGUAUAUUGAAUUUUCGAGUUGACAUUAAUUCAUAAAUCCACUUAUUAGAUUGUUACUUUUUGUAGUUAUCUAAUAUUUAAAAAAUGUUUGAAGUGACAAAAAAAGAAGGAAAGAAGAAAUUAUUACUAAGGUAAAUUCAUGCGACUAAAGAUGAAGUAAGGUAAGAUUAAUGCUUACUGGUAGAAGUAUGUUCUGUUUAGUAUUUGGGAUAAAUAUCUAUGAUGCAUUAUAAAGGGACUUUGAAAAUUUUAUCAGCUUAGUUAAUUGAUUGCCAGAAUACACCAAAACAAAUCAAUUGAAGAAGAUAGAUUUCUGUUUGGCGAAAAAGUAAAAACAGCUUUGAUUUUUUCAUGUCAUCUCAUAAUACAAAGAACAUUACACAUAACGACUAAUUCGACAUGAUCGGGCGACCGGGCAAUAGAUGGCU